UAGGUGGAUCCUGGAGGGCGAGAGGCGGGGCCGAGGCUGAUUCUCGCGACAGUAGCGGCGACAGCGGCAGCUAUGCGCGUGCGCAGCAAUCUGCGUGGGCGUGUGUCCCUCUCCCCUCGCGACAGCGUGAGUCGCUGGGGAUCUGCACAUGCGCACGCUCUCGCGGACGGAAGGGGGUGGUCCUGGACUAUGAUCCCCACCCCGCGGCAUCCGCACGUGGGCGCGCACGGGCCUUUCAGCGAGGUGUACGCGCCGGCCGAGGACACCUACCUGCUGCUGGACGCGCUGGAGCAGGACGCGGCCCAGCUCAGAGACGCGGGAGUUGAGAUCUCCCUUGAAGUAGGAGCUGGAUCAGGUGUGGUUUCAGCAUUUCUGGCUUCCCUUGUUGGACCCAGUGCAUUGUACAUAUGUACAGAUAUCAACCCUAUAGCAGCUUCUUGUACCUUGGAGACAGCUGUACUUAACAAAGUUCACAUUCACCCAGUAAUUACUGACUUGGUCACAGGAUUGUUACCGAGAUUAAAUGGGAAGGUUGAUCUACUACUAUUUAAUCCACCGUAUGUGGUAACCCCUUCUGAAGAGGUAGAAAGCCAUGGAAUAGAGGCAGCCUGGGCUGGAGGCAAAAAUGGCAGAGAAGUAAUGGAUAGACUUUUUCCUUUAGUGCCAGACCUGCUUUCAGUAGGAGGAUUAUUCUAUUUAGUUACAAUUAAAGAGAACAACCCAGAUGAAAUUUUGGAAACAAUGAAGAAAUACGGUUUAAGAGGUACUAGAGUACUUUCUAGACAAGCAGGAAGAGAAACUCUCUCAAUUCUCAAAUUCAGCAAGUCCUGACGACUGCUCUUAAAUCUUUAAACAUCUUCAGCAAUGGAAGUUGAACACAAAUGGUGUUACAAUGGUCAGGCUAUUUUGUGAUGAUAAACUAUAACUCAACAGAUUUUGAAAAAAAAUUAUCCUGUCUCCUGACCUUUACAGGAAAAUUAGCAAAACUUUCUUUUUUGUUCCCUUAACCUGGCCGUCAACCCACUGUGGUCUGUAAUCAAUAAGGGAACAGUUGUUUCUGGACUUGGUUUUCUAUUAGCGUAGUGGAACAGUAGCUGAAAUGUAAACUUUAAAAUGGGCAGUCACACUUUAAAAUGGGGAAAUUCAUUGGUAUGUGUUUUGUUUUAUAACUGGAAUAUUUUUAUGUGAUCAUACAUUUAAUUGUGAACCUUUGUCGUUCAUUAUGGGUUCUCAAAACAGUGUUCUUGCUUUAGUACUUUGUCUUGUCUUAUGGUACUUAUUCUGUACAAAUAUGUAGUUUUAAUUAGUAUUUAAGAAGCCACUGAUCUUGACGUUAAUGGCCUCAGUCUUAUAUUUUGCACUUAUUACAGAAUCAUCAAAAGCCUAGUGCAUAGAAACUAAUUUUGCUUACAUAUCUUAUCUUGCUACUGUAUUAUUGCUAUGAAUAUUUCAACAGAUGCACCCAAUAAGGAGUUCUGCUAUAUGUUAUACAGGGUCUUUAAGCUAAAUGCUAUGGGUUAAUAAACAAUGUAAAAAGUUA